AUGAACAAUUCAAACGAACAGAUCGACAGAAGUGCUGAAGAGAAUAUCGAGCGAUGGACUUUGUUUCAGCCGGAUCAAACGGGGGGUUCCACUGGGCAAUAUGAUGGUACGGCGUCCUUGGACCCGUUCGCGUACGAUGCCUUGACCGGCUAUGUCUACGACACGGGGCUGCCGCCAGAAGGUCAGUACGGAGUCGAGGGACAAUCUGACCAACGAUCGCUGCCGACUGCGUAUCCCUCCAACUAUCCCGAUCAGCGCGAAUACGACUUCGAUACCUUCCAGUCUGGAUCGGGUCCGGCUGGAAUUGAUCCUGCUCUGUUGCUGCUAGAUCAUAAAUCCGGGCCGAUACCUGAUCACUCACUGCCCUGUCCUGAUGAAUCUUCCUGUAUUCCCCGGUCAUCAGAGCUCCAUAGGUUCGCCGAGCCCUCUGGUUCGCCUCCAUCGAAGCCCCAAGGAAAGUCUACCUCGGGCGGAAGUGGCGCUUCGCGAUCGAAAUUGAGCCACACCAAGCUUAAGCCGGCUUUCCCAGAUAUCGAGGCUGGUAAAGCAGCCAGCGUGACAACAAAAAGUGGGACUUGGGUGAUUAGAAUCGUAGCUUCUUAUUUGAUUAUGGAUGACCCUAUGAUUGUACAAGUUUUGAACAUGUGUUCGAUGUCUUAUUGCCACAAGGACGUUGGUUUAGCGAUUGGUAUAUGGGGACAAGCCAUUGACGCAUAA